AUGCAUCAAACCCCAACUUGCGGAUCAUAUUGCAGGCAAAAAUAUUUUAGGGAUGAUUAUGUUGGAAUGUUAUACGUUGAUUGUGAUGAAGUUUAUCCAAAUAUAUUUAUUGGCGAUGGGACUACAGCUAAAAAUAAGGACUUUUUGAAGAAACUAGGAAUUACUCAUGUAUUAAAUACUGCAGAAGGAAAAGCUUUUAGUAUGGUCAAUACCAAUGGGUACUUUUAUAAGGAUGUCGGAAUUAAAUAUAUGGGAUUUCAAUUGUUGGAUCAUCCUAGCGUCAAGAUUUCGGAAUAUUUUCAUGUCGCUGCUGAUUUUAUACAAAAUGCAAUCAAUUCAAAUGGAAUAGUUUAUGUACAUUGCUUGAUGGGUAAGUCAAGAUCAAGCACAUGUGUUUUAGCUUAUCUAAUGAUUAAAUUAGGCAUGUCUGCUGCUGAAGCAUUAAGAACUGUUAAGAAAAAGAGAGCCAUAUAUCCGAAUGAAGGCUUUCUACAACAAUUGGCAGAUUUAGAUAAUUUCUUAAAAAAAAGAAGAUAUGAAAAUGCAUGGUGCUAUUAG